AUGAACUUCUCGAUGACCUGCAUAGUUCUUUUGUCCAUCCUCUCCAUCAUCUCCUGUGCGGCUGUGCCAGCUGGAGCUGCUGGCGGAGAAGGUGCACCAAAAGGGGGCGCUGAUGGCGGCGACAAGAAAGCCAAAGCAGCAUCGAUUCUCCAAGCCGUAUCAAAAGGGCUUGCGGCAGGCGGACUUGGGCUCUCUUCCGGAGUCACCGGCGCCGUCGGCUCCGGUCUCAAAGGCGGUGCUUAG